CCGAGAACGCGCAGCGCAUGGAGGAGGCUCGGGACAACGCCUGCAACGACAUGGGCAAGAUGCUGCAGUUCCUCCUGCCCGUGGCCACCCAGAUCCAGCAGGACGUGAUCAAGGCCUACGGGUUCAGCAGCGACGGCGAAGGCGUCCUCAAGUUCGCCCGGCUGAUCAAGUCGUACGAGUCGCAGGACCCGGAGAUCGCCAGCAUGUCGGGAAAGCUCAAGGCCAUGUUCCUGCCGCCCAUGACGCUGCCGCCGCACGGGGCCGGCACCGGCGGAGUUGCGGCCUCCUGAGCCCGCGGGGUUCUCCCGGUGCUCCUUCCGAGGUGCAGGUCCUGUCAGCCCCGGGUGCGGGGCACCUGAACAACGGGGACACGGACCUGGAAGGAAUGGGAUGCUUCGUGCCCGCUCGUGUGUUGCUCGUGAAUAAAACCUGUGUUGAAAAUG